GGUAAUUGUUAUCAAAAGAGUGUCAGAUGAAAGCCAGCUACCAGCUCCUGCACGGUCUACACUGAAAUAACUCCACACGCAGGCAGGUGGUUACAUGAAGGUUAAUGACGACGCAUUUUUAUUUCAAACAGGGAUAUUUCUCGUGACCCAGACAAAGGAAUUGACAGAGCUGGAGCUCCCUUUUUUUGCCAUUCUUCAUUACGAACACAUGUUAUGGAAGGAGGAGCCUUAAACUAAAGGAGUCCAAACCAGGCACCCUGAAAUAACCCAAACCUUCGUUAUCCCUUCGGCAUGAAUCUUCUCUUCAUAACUGGAUGAAAUGCCUUGACCUCCCCCCCGCCGUACCAUGGCAGGUUUAGUCUCCUCUGUGGGUUUGGUGGUGAUGUUCAAGGCUCUCAUGCAAGCCCAUGGCCUGCGUGCAGUGUUUCUGGGGAUGACGGUGUUAGUAACAGUGAUCGCAGCUGACUCACCUGUUGCAGAUGAGUCUCUGUCGGACUCCACGCUCCACCCCAUGGGAUUUCUUGGACAUGGUCCAAGUUCAACAGGGUACAAACCAUCAGCCUUACCAGCGUCACAUUAUACUGCCUUUGAGAGCCCAGACUCACCUGGUGCCCUGCCAUCCAUUUCUGAACCAAACCAUGAUGUUAGGACUGCUGGCUUCACGCAUUACCAGUGGGGACAUGUUGCUUCUGAAAACUCCAAAUCCUUCACAGCAAGUGACCUCCUUGCAGAUGAACCACAGCCUCUUUCCACUCCAUCAUUAAGCCCUUCAGAACCUGUAUUGAGGUCUGGUGCACAAUUAGAGGCACCAGCUAAACUUUCCACGGACUGGAAGCAGGCCAGGACCAAGUCUGUUAAGCAGUCUUCCUCUCUCCCUCCAACUCCUACAAGAUCCCAGCUGCAGCCUCAGUCAAAUAUAUCCACAGCAUCAUUAAGCCCCUCUGCGUUUACAAGGUCAACAACACCUCAGCACCUUUCUGAGCAGAAAGCAACUUUCAACAAGCAGCACGAUAGUGCGUCCAAUCAAACAGUGGCAAUCAUGACCUUACCACCCUCUCAGCCUCUCGAGCCCCCUAACCUGGCUUUCACUGACUCUGCGGCAGAUGAAUCUUAUGGUACGAUCCUGGAUGUGAACCAGCUAUCUCCCAGCAGUGCCCCCUUGGAGGAGAGCAAACCAGCACGUGACAUUAACAUGCUCCCCAACCCAGAAGAGCUUCUGGCCCCUGGCUACAAUGUGCCUUUCAUCGCCCCUCACCCUACAUCACCUUCAUCUGAACCCACUGACAUCUCUUUAGAGGACUUCUACCCCACCAACACCAUGGAAGUGGACUGGGGGUCUGGGGACUACUUGGAGACAAUGUCAUUCUUAAAUGCAGAUGGAGAGGACUACUCUCUGGUCACCAAGGUGCCCUCUGACUCAUAUGAGCUGGAAGACUAUACAGAAAGCUAUGACACAUCCUUCCCUUCCAGAGUAGGCAUAUCACCUUCAUCCUCGCAUCCUCUUUAUGUCUCACCUUCUCCCAGCCUCACAACAGCAUACGGCACCGUUGUCCCACUUAAAUCUAUUUAUCCUUCCUCUUUGUCCUCUACAAUUCACUACACACUGGACCCUACUCCCUCAGCUAACAGUGAGAUACCCGACACAUCAGACAUCGAUUGGCCCGAUGCUUUCACAAUCCAACCGACGGAUGUCCUCUUACCUGACAUGAACAGCUUGGAGUAUUACACCACUCAGUUGACCAGGGAUAACAACAAUUCAGACACUGGAGCUGAGCAGAGGGGGAACAUUACUGUGGUGUCCAUCAGUACUACAGACAUCGCACCCACAAGCAGCUUCACCAAUGAUACCAAACUGACUGAGGAAGAGUCCUCCAGUGAUCUGUCAGGGUUUGAGCCUCAAGAUGAACCAACCUCGGUAGCAACCACAGAGGAGAGUCCUCAGCUCGUCAAUGCCUCUGAGCCUUUUUUGGAUCCUUCCAUCGUCCCAACCCACUUUUAUGAUCCCUCUUCUUCUGUCUGGAGUAGUCAGGUGUCCACCACAGAUUGGCCUGCACACACUCUAACUGGCGGCCUGGACAGCACUGUAUUAACAGAGGCUAUGCUACCCAGUGCCACGCCUUUACUGCCAGACGAUGUAGUGUCUUCCUCUUCUCUGACAGAUGUCCACUGGUUUGUUACAGAGUCAUUCCCAUCAAGUACCAUACACACCACUCCUGUCUUAACUGCAACCACCGCCUUCUCCCCUGUUCCCACUGAAACUGCUGCCAACACCACGGCUGGUACGACAGAAUUAACUCCCCAAGACUCCACUUUUACAGCUGAACACACUCACAAUAUCACUUUAGUUUCAACUGAACCAUCAUCUAAUGUCACUUUGGUCCCUCCGGUCGUGUUGGGUGAUCAGGGGGUGACUGAGGAUGGAGUUGACAUCCCAGCCACAAUGACCUUGAUCCCAUCUAGCAGUGAAGCUAAUACAGUCUCCGCUGUACCCACAGCUACAGCUGCCACCACUACUUCUCAUCAAGCCACAACUAGAGCUACUGCCACCACAGAGGCCUCAACUAGUGUCAACAUAAUCCCUACCACCAGCGGAAAGACUACAACUACAGCACCACCAUCAAAACAGUACCUCUGCAACCUUGAGAGGCCUGCUUAUUUAGUAAAAAUUGGUUUUCCUUCCGGGGCCACCAUUGGAUAUGCCAAAUCUCAAGUGAGAGACAUACUGAAAGCCGAAUUCAACAAGUCUGUGGAGCUGCAGGUUGUGGACCCCCCACCAAAGUUUGUGUUUCGGGUGGUGUCUGGUCCUGUUGUGUACACAGCCAUAUCUGUCAUCAAUGCUCUGCGGAGGUCUGGGCGCCGCUUCCUGUCUGUGUCUCCCAACUGGACAACACCAGACAAUAAAUAUCAAGUCCACACAGUGCUGCAGUUUGUUCCCAGUCACAUAGAUGUGCGGUACUGCAACUUCAGUGAGAGCAUUGAGAAAGGUUUGACCAUGGCCUUUGCGGAAGUGCGUCGGCGCUCAAAGGAGUCAACCAACUUCACAGUGCAUAUUGUAAACAUCACCAUGGCUGCUCCUAAAUAUCAGGAUCAGCGGCUGGUGAGGCAGCCAGUGGACAUCACCUUCACUGUGCGUAGUUCAAGGGGCUAUCUGAUGGGGUCAGAGGUCAGCAAUGCUCUGAUGAAGCUCACAAUGGUGGAAUUCAGCUAUUACAUGGGCUUUCCUGUGCUGCAGAUUGCUGAGCCUUUCCAUUAUCCAGAGUUGAACACCAGCCAGUUGCUUCGCUCCUCCUGGGUUAGAACAGUGCUCCUGGGAGUCUUGGACAAGAAAGUGGGUGAGAGGACCUUCCAAGCCAACAUGGAGCGCCGGGUGGCCAUGUUGUUCGGAGAGGCUACAGGAUUAAUGAGACGUGUUAAGAGAGCCACCCUUGUAGGCAACAGCAGUGUUCAGGUUGUAAGUGCAACCCGGCUGGUGGGUGCAGACCAUCCCUUGGAGGUAGUUUAUUUUGUGGAGGGUCCCAAUGGUCAGAGGAUGCCUGCAGCUCAAACAGCCAACAUACUCAACAGCCUGGACGUUCAAAGGGCUGCCAUUGUUUUAGGAUAUCGUGUCCAAGGCGUUUUGGCACAGCCUGUAGAGAAGAUAGCGUCCUUACCCUCUGACGGCGAGAACACCAACACGUGGAUCGUCAUUGGAGUCGUGAUUCCCCUCCUCGUAGUCAUCGUCAUCAUCACCAUCCUGUACUGGAAACUGUGUCGGACGGACAAGCUGGAGUUCCAGCCAGACGCCAUGACCUCCAUCCAGCAGAGGCAGAAGUUGCAGGCUCCCAGUGUGAAAGGCUUCGACUUUGCCAAGCUGCACCUUGGCCAGCAGAGUAAGGAUGAUGUCAUGGUGAUCCAGGAGCCUGGCCCGCAAGGCCCCGGCCCUGGGCCCCUCCCCCUGUCCCUUAAAGAUGGCCUCAGUCCAUCUGAGAACGGGGAGAUCCCCACGCCCAUAUCCAAAACCUCCACCAAGGCGUCCCGCAGCGGUCGAGGAAGGCGAGGAAGGAUCUCGCCGUCUGACGGUGACUCGGUGGUAAGUGACCACUCCAGUGAGCGGGAAUCAACCGAGGAGAACCUGAGAGCUCACGCCACGCCCAGCGACAGCAAGCAGACCCGUAAGGUCCCCAUCAAUGUUUUAAAUGGCAAGAAUAGAAUUGGUCCUCCUCCUAUGACUGAUACAAAUGAGCAGCUGUCCUCAGCUGCCAUCUUUGAACAUGUCGAUCGCAUGUCUCGCGCCACAGACGCGAGCAAGAGACUCCCCAACAAAAUCCAGCUUAUUGCCAUGCAGCCGAUGCCUGUCCCACCGCUGCACAGCCCGCCCAUCAACGGCAAACUGUCCGACACAAACCAAAUCAACAAAGAGAUUCAGGUAGCUUUGAGGCACAAGUCAGAGAUCGAGCACCAUCGUAACAAGAUACGUCUGCGGGCCAAGAGGAAGGGCCACUACGACUUUCCUGCCAUGGAUGACAUGACGAGUGGCCUUAAUGAUGCGAAGGACCACGAUCGCAUCUAUCAAAAAGCACAGAUACAGAUUGAUAAGAUCCUGGACCCAGAUGCCCAGAUGCCCUCCAUCUUCAUGGAGUCCAAGAAGAGUGGUCGAGGGAGGCGUUCUCCCAAACAGAGGAUGAAGGAGCAGCUGAAUGGAGGCAUGAUGGAGGCAGACAAAGACCACCUCAUCACUGAUGACAGUGAUGCUAAUUACAGAAAAUGCCCUGGAGUCAACAACGUGGCCUACGUAUCGGACCCAGACCAAGGCCCAGGAUCCCCUCACAGGAGCCCCUCCCCCACCGAUGACGUUUUCCUCGGCCCCGCUUCCUCUCCUCCAGGCCACGCCCCUCCCCCACCCCCCUACAUGCCUCCACAGCCCUCCAUUGAGGAGGCGCGGCAGCAGAUGCACUCCCUGCUGGACGAUGCUUUUGCCCUAGUGUCGCCCACUUCUCAGGGCAGCACGGCGGGGAUCACUCUCCCUGGGGUCAACACCAACCCCCCUGCCUCCAGCCCUCCAGGCCGUGGCCCCAGACCUUGGGGUCCCUCCUACCAAGCUCUUGGCCCUUUCCCCAGUAGGUUUACUGAGCUGAGCUUGUCCCCUCCUCCUGUCCAAGGCCUGAUACCAAGGCAGGGCCUUGGCUCGAGCUACCUGCCACCAGGAGAAACAGCAGGGCAGUGUGAGCAGCUCCAGCCAGACAGCCUGUAUUCCAGCAGGGGCCUCUACUCUGAUGAGCUGCCCUCAUCUGCCAGGCCGCGACCAGUAGGGGGAACUACAGGCGCCCAGCUCCAUCAUCUUACACAGGUGGGAUUGUCCAGUCGGAUGAAUGGUUACCCAGCAGGGGUCAGAGCUGCCCCAGGGCAGAAUGGAGGCAUCGGGUGGAACCACUACCAUGGUGACAACUUCUCCAGGGCAGAACCUGAAAAAGAUGCAUUCCUGGACUGUCCUGACUACUCGUCCUCCUCUAUCUUCCAGACGCCCAGGAGUGGUAUCAGGGAGCCUUCAGCACCCCCUGUCCACCUAGACACCCCGGGGGUGGGCUAUCUGUCAGCCCCACCGCCCCUGGACACAUCUCCUCCGACCCACUCCUCCGCCUCCCUGAUCAAGGCCAUCAGGGAGGAGCUGUUGCGUCUCUCCCAGAAACAGGCAGCUGUGCCCAGCUACCACAGCUGAAGCCCCGGGCCCCCAGGCUCGAACCAGUCAUGCCACUGACCCUGCCUGCCUGCUUCGCCUAAUCUGACAAUACUUCCCAUGGAAGUCCCCCGAGGGUGUACAGCAGAGAGAUAGUCCUGCUAAACUGAAGAGAAGAGGUGGCUGAUAGAGAUUUCUAACUGAGGAAGCUGCAGGACUGAACGACAGGAUGGUUGAUACAGCUCCAAGUACAGAAUCAGAUCAACUGCAGUAUGUCCGAUCAGAGACAGUGUUAUAAAAUGAAGAACAGUAUGAGCAGUAUAUGUCGGACCUUGAAACUGAGAUGACAUGUCUGGACUCGUCCUGCCCAUGCGUCUGUCCUGCACUUCAUUGUGGAUCAGGGUGUGAUCACGCCAAGUCCUGGCCACUGUGGAUCCACAUCCUGGACUUAUUUGAGAUUUUGCUGCAUUUCUUCAGACUCAGUAUUCUGUGUCAUGGUUUCCUUCUCAUGCUGCCUUCACUGAACAAGUAUACUCCCUAAGACAUGUCAUUUUAAGACAUUUCCUUUAAUUUUUUACCGACUACCAUACAGGUGUUUGUUGUUUUCCGAUGCAGGCCCUUAACCCUUUUAUCACCAUCAGGUGCUACUUCAUGUUUUCUGCCAUGAUGAGCCAUGCUAUGCCUUGACACUGUGAUGUAGUUCACCCGACCCAAUCUACUGUACGAGCCUACAGUAAGGUCAUAGCUCACAGACAGUAGGCACAAAGGGCCAUCCAUACAAACUGAUAACACUUGUUAACACUACCUAGUAUUUCCGUACUUACUGCAGUAGCACACUUAGUCUGAGUUGAUCCUUUGUGACUUACAGUACAUGCUUGUUUUUUGUGGACAACUUGCGUUCAUGUCCCGUGUUUUUAAUUCAUGUUUAGCAGCUGACAGGCGGCUAGACGGACCUAAAAGAAUGGCCUUGAAAAUCACACUAAUCUUCAAACGUGACUUCAGAGGCAGGCGUUACACACACGUGUUACAAGUCACAGAUGAAGACUUUCAGUAAGUACUUGACAAUUAGGGUGUAUUGUAUUAGGGUGUAGUUCGAUGCACUGUAUGCAGACUACUUGGUACAGCUCAGGUCAUUUAGAAAGAGAUUCACGUGCGGACAAAUCAGCGAUGAGAGAGUUUGAUUGAACUGUUGAAUGAGGGAAAGUCACAGAGACCAGUAUUCUUUUUUUUAACAUUAACCUGUAUUAACUAUGUACUGAAGCACCAUCUCUGUUUCAUGCAGUAUUCUGUUUUUACUUUGCCUUUUUUGGUAGAACAGGAAGACAAAAUGUGUACUGUAUUUGUGGCGUCAUUUAUGGUUUACUUCAACCGGUCAUGUUAAUGUGCUUUCUUUGGAUUUAUCUUGCCUCAUGUAAUUUUGUUCAUCUGAAAUGUCUCUUUUAGUCAUCAUACUGGUUGGAAAUCUAGGUUACCUUUUUUUGACAUGACCCUCCCCCCGACAUGUUGUGAUGUUUUGGGGCCUGAAGUGAUAUUUUAUUUAAAUGAAAUAAAAUGGAAAAUUAUGGAUUUUAAAAGCAGGACUUGAGAAUAUGUGUGCACCAGUAUUAUUUGGUGGGUUAUAAACCUUUUGGCAAUGAGUAGAAGUAUUGUACAGAUGUUACCAGAGCGAGCAUCCCUCCCAUCUUGUUUUGUUUGCAAUGUGACGUGCCUUUUGGACUCACCUGAACAGACGACAGAAGCUCUCUGUUUGUCCUGUUUUACCAUCAUUCCAUCACACGGUAUCGAAGGUUGUGAUUACCAGCUGAAAUUAUAAUAUUUUGUCCAAUUAAAGAUGCUACAUCACGACAUGAUGAAAUUUAAUCCAGCUAAUCAAACAUCGUCAUUGUGUGGAGUCUCCUUUGAUAUACAGGGAGACAGGUUACUGUCUGGUUUUCCAUUUCACCUCUUAUGGUCAUGUUUGGUGUUACCAAUGUCACACUGUAUGCCUCCAUCUGCUGGUCAUGUACUGUAACAACAGCCCAUCCACCUGUGUUUAUCUUCAGCUCCUUUUUAUAAUUAUUAUUUUUUUGGUGUGUUGUUUUUCUCAUCUAUUUCUACAUCUUGUAUUUUGGGAAAAUGAUGUGUUGGCUGGCCCAACUUUAUGAUUUAUUGAUGUUGCAUGUUUUAAUUAUUGUGUUUCUUUUGUUUGUUUUUUCGCAUGCUGUU